ACACACUAGUUCUUUCCAUCUUACACUUCCAGACAUCCCAAAGGGAAAAAAACAGACUCUUUAUCCAAUUUUCACAUGACUCUUGUCACUUUCAAAAUCAUCACGGUUUGUAACUCACAUUAGCCCCUUCUUUUCUUAAUCCUUCACAAGAAUCCCCACCAUUGUAAAACUACCCCUCUCCUUUUCCCCCUCUAUACUUACCAUCACUCUCUAGCAAACUAUCAUCAGAAGAACUUAACUCCCCUGUAGAGACAGAACAGAGAAUCAUGGCUCUUCCACCUCACGUCGAUGAUCUCAAAAGACCACAACCAUACCCACUAGACUCCAACGCAUACAAGAUCGUCGACGAGAUCGGCGUCGGCGUCAGCGCCGUGGUAUACAGAGCACUCUGCAUCCCAAUGAACUCCACCGUAGUGGCCAUCAAGUCCAUCAACCUCGACCAGUCACGAGCCGAUUUCGACACCAUCCGCCGCGAGAUCAAGACGAUGAGCCUCCUCUCCCACCCCAACAUCCUCGAGUCCCACUGCUCCUUCACCGUGGACCGCUGCCUCUGGGUGGUGAUGCCGUUCAUGUCGGCGGGCUCGCUCCACUCCAUCAUCUCCACUGCUUUCCCCGCCGGCCUCUCCGAGCCCUGUAUUGCCGUGGUGCUCAAGGAAACCCUCCGCGCCCUAUCCUACCUCCACAACCAGGGCCACCUCCACCGCGACAUCAAAGCCGGGAACAUCCUCAUGGACUCAGCGGGCCACGUCAAGCUGGCAGACUUCGGCGUCUCCGCUUCCGUCUACGAGCCCAACAACAACAACUGGGCCCACGGCAGUGGUGGGCUGACGGACAUGGCCGGGACACCCUACUGGAUGGCGCCAGAGGUGAUCCACUCCCACAACGGCUACAGCUUCAAGGCCGACAUUUGGUCCUUCGGCAUCACCGCUCUGGAGCUCGCCUACGGCUGCCCGCCUAUGUCCCACCUGCCGCCGUCCAAAUCUCUCUUGAUGAAGAUCACCAAACGGUUCCACUUCGCCGACUUCUACGAGAAGGGUGACAAGAAGAAGAAGAAGUUGUCGAAAAGUUUCAAGGACAUGGUGGCGAGUUGCCUGAAUCAGGACCCUGGGAAGAGGCCGUCGGCGGAUAAGCUUCUGAAGCAGUGUUCGUUUUUCAGGAACUGUAAAGGGCCAGAUUUUCUGGUGAGGAAUGUGCUGUGCGGGUUGCCUAGCGUGGAAAAUAGGUACAAAUGUCAGCCUAAGGAGGAGGAGGAUCAUAAUAAUAAUGUCAAGGUUAGGAGGAUCAGUGGGUGGAACUUCAAUUUGGACGGGUUGAAGGUUGAACCUGUUUACCCGGCCGAGUUGGACCGGUCGACGACGAGUGACGAUCAUUCCGGUGGGAUCAGUAGUGGCAGUGGUAGUGAGAUGAGUUGGCCGGCGGCCGUGGCAGGGAUCGGGGAAGAUGGGGUGGAUAGAGGGGCGAUGGUGGGGAGCUUGGUGGUGCUGAGGAAGAGUUUGGAUGAUCAGAGGGAGAAGGUUGUGAAUUUGAUUGGGUUGUUGGGGGGAGGGGAAGUUGGCUUGUUGAGCAAGGAAGAGCAGCUGGCAGAAGCCAACGAGAGGUUGCAGCUGGAGCUGGAAAGUGAGAAGCAAAGGAGUCUGGAGUUGGAGAUGGAGCUUGGGUUUCUUAAGCUCCUUGUUUCUGGCGCGUAUGAUGAUGGUGCUCGGUAAUAGCCGCUGUUGAAUUUGUGGUUUCCUAGCAUUUGUCCACCUGUAUCAAUGUAUCAGAAGACUAUCAUUAGAAUUCCCAUACUCGGUUUAUCAUUCCACCUCCAUGAUCCAUGAUUCCUGUACAAAUUAAAAUGAUAACAAAGUC